GUUAGACCAUUAGGCGACGCACGAAACCGAUUGUGUGAUCGUUGCUAACACAGUAUUGCUGCUACACUUAUUUUCUUCAUUGCAUCUUUUCUUGUGGAGUAACACCUGGAGUAAAUGGAGCAACUAUCCGAAGAGCAAGUACAAGAAUACAAAGACGCCUUUUGUUUGUUUGAUCGCGACGGCAAUGGUUACAUCACCACAAGAGAACUUGGUUCAGUUAUGAGAUCCUUGGGCUUUAAUCCAACUGACAACGAGCUACAAAUCAUGAUCAAUUCGGUUGAUUACGAUGGAAACGGUGUGAUCGACUUUCCAGAGUUUGUAAAAUUGAUGGAAGAUCAAAAGAAACCCGAUGAGCGAGAGGCGGACAUGAUGAUAGCGUUUCGAGUUUUCGACGCCGACAAUAAGGGAUACAUUGAAUCAGCGGAGUUACGCUAUAUAUUAUUAAAUAUGGACAAAAGAAUCCCAAGAGAGGAACUUCAUGAGAUGAUUGUCAGUGCCAAACUGGAUGAAGACAAAAGAGUAACAUACCAAGAAUUCCUUGCCCUUCUUGAACCACAUGGUGAGACAUAAAAUCAGCUCCUAGCGGUUAACGCCUGUGACGCUGAACAUACAAACGACAACAUCAUAGUGUGUCUGCUGAAAGUAUACCUUGAGCGACCACAGCAACUGGAACUAGGCUACCCAACGUCAUUCAGCAGAGACUAAUUCAUUUAGUAAACUUCGUUUGGGGAAAGCAUUCAUAUUUUCAUAUUUUAUAAAAUGUAUAUGUCCUACCAAAGUCCAAACCAAUUUUGCUGCUGUCACCAUGACCUUUUCAACUUUUAAAGAUGCGGGUUUUAUUUGCUCGCAUUUUGAGAUUCGAAAGGGAAAA